CGACAUUUUCUCUUCCCUCAUUUCCUCCUCAAUCUUCAACACAUUUUUUCUUCUUCUUUAAAUCUACUUUGUGUGUAUUUUUUUUACUUCCUCCCACCGUCUGAUGUGUAUUCUGUAUUAUCGCCAUUGUACCGUCUCUUUCCUUUUGUAUCAGUGAGAGGAGAGAGAGAGCGAGUGCAAAAGCCUCAAGUUAAAGAAAGAGUGAGAGAAGGUGCGUGUGUUCAGAGCUUUAUACACACACACGUCUGUGUGUGUAUGUAUAUAUUAUAUACAUUACAUCUAUGUAUAAAAUAGAUAAUUAAUUAUCAUCAUCGAACCAGAACUGCUGCUAGUUAGAUCAUAUUUGCUAUUUUUAUAUUUAUUUCUGUUCUGUAAAUACCUCUGACACUCGGGGGUCAACUAUUAUUAUUAGCAGUAGAAUCACAAACCCAAUUUCUUUACGACAUAAAUGAAGAAAUGAGCAGUGUCCGAGGAAACGACACUGUUGUGAAUGUGCUAGAUGAUAUUUUGGAUGCAAAUACAGGAGAUGAUGAUCUUAUUGUGGAAAUGGCAUCAGAAGGGAAAAUAGAACAUGCAAUGCUUGCCAAACAAAAAAGUAUUUCUUCAAAUAAAAUUGCUAAAGUCAAACCUUCUCUGUCAAAAGGAAAAGCAACAACUACAAAACCUGGGGUUAGUGUUGGUCUGUCUGUAAAACAAGAUCUAAAGGUUAAAGAGCCAAGAUCAAGAGUACAAACCAAGUCUGUUGAGGAAAAAGAUCUCAAACCAAGUAAAGGAAUAAAGAAAAUGGUUCCAAGGAAAGAGGUAAAGAAAGUCUUAAAGAAACCAGAAAAAGCUCAUAAGGAAAUGUUACAACUUCGAGACAAUGAUGGUCUUGAUGACUUGGAUGAUGAUUACACUCUUGAUUUAGAUAAAGAUGCUGAAGAUGAACUUCUUAUGAAUAAAAUUGAUGAUCAUUAUGAAGAUGAUUCUGAUGAUAAACAUAAUGUUAGUAUUAGUGCUGAAGAGUCUGAAGACUUGCCUGCUGCAGGCAAUGAUGCCAUGGUUAUUCAAGAUUAUGAUACACGCAGUGAAAUUGGUACUUCUAGUUCAGAAACUUCCUUGACUGACUCAAAUUCGGAAUCUUAUCCUUCUGACAAAGAAAAGAAAGAUGAACCUCGAAGGGAGAAAAACCACAAAAGAGGGAUUUCCCCAAUUGAAUGGGACAGGAAAAGUGAAGAUUCUGCUGACGAGGAUGAUGAUGGUGAUGACAGUGAAUCUGAGAGACGACGUAGUGCAUCUCGUUUGAAAUAUUUAUUCAAGAGGGCUCGCUUCUUCUUAAUUAAGAGUAAUAAUCAUGAAAAUGUGGCUUUAGCUAAAGCUAAAGGUGUUUGGUCAACUCCCCCACAGAAUGAAGCCAGACUGAAUCAAGCUUUUAGGGAAGCUGAUAAUGUAAUUUUGGUGUUUUCUGUGAAAGAAAGUGGGAAAUUUCAAGGUUUUGCACGAUUAUCAGCUGAAUCAACAAGGGAUCAUCCUCCAAUACGUUGGGUUUUACCACCUGGGUUAAGUGCUCGAGCACUCAGUGGAGUUUUUAAAUUGGAUUGGAUUAACCGGCGUGACCUUCAAUUUACUAAAACUACACAUCUGCAUAACCCUUGGAAUGAAAAUAAAUAUGUUAAAAUUGGCAGAGAUGGACAAGAGAUUGAACCAACAGUUGGAGAAGCUCUAUGUAAAUUAUUUCCGUCAGAUGACAAUGUUGAUCUUGGCAGUAUUGUAAGAAAGGCUAGAAAGUCACACCAUCACUCUCGAAGUUCAGAAAGGCAUUUGGAUCGUUACCGUGGAGUAAGCAGUACUGGUGGGCCCAGUGGACCAGGUGUUGCAGGAACAGCUUCUACAGGAGCCAGUAGUAGCAGUGGCCCAAGGAAUUCCGAAAUUUCUAGGCGUAGAAGACACAGAGAGGAGUUUGAAUCACCAAGAGUAAAGAGAUCUCGUAUGGACUAUGACAAUAGGAAUAAUUUAGAUGCAUAUUACAAGGAAAGGCGGCCUGAUAGGCCACCUCGUUAUGGCGGAGUUCGCCGAGAAACAUUCUUAAAUGGACAGUGGAACAGUGUGGCGAGCUCAUGGACUUAUCCAGCAGCAGGGGUACGGCCAUUAGUCCGUCCAUCUUCAUAUAGUGACUACAUGCGAGAGUUCCAACAUGUAAGACCUCCACCGCCACCUAUGUCACCUUAUGGCCCACCACCUCCUGCAUAUGGACAUCAUAUGGAUCCAAUGGUCACCUAUACUGGUCAUUAUGAUAACCGGCCGAGAAAUUACAUGACUCCUCCUGAGUAUGGCCCAGCUUCGAUUUCCAAUCCCAGGCGCACAGAUAAACGCUCAGCGAGUGCUGUUUGGGCAGAGAAACGUUCAUAUGAGAGAGAUGUUGAUGAUUUCCUCCGUAGAACUACACAUGGGAAUAGCUCCAGAGACCGACAUCGCCACCGAGAUCGCCGGUAAAAGCCAUCAUCAACAAUUGGAUUACACUUGCAAUUUAAUUGCUACUUAAUAACUAGUGGGUUGAAAGAUGCUGUAAGCUGCAAAGACUAUCUGCUUCUGGUGCUCAGCUAUUGGUUUCGUGAAGUUACUGUCAUCAUUGUGCUGAUAUAUUUUCUCCGUUAAAGAUGAAUUACUUCACACUUUCACCCAGCUUAAAUCAUCUGUCAAAAGAUUGCUCCAUCUUAUUUUCAAACCCAUUGACAAAAUGUGAACAUUCAUUUUUGCCUCAAUCUCUUUUACUAUCUACAGAUAUUUUCAUUCACUUCACACAAUAGAUCCCAUGCAAUAGUUUAAAUAUUUUGUAAAAACAAAAUAUCAAUCACUUAAAAAAAAAUAAACAAAAUUUGAAACAAAAUAUGAUUUUUAUUUCUAAAUUGCAUAUAUCUUUAAAGGGGGAAAAAGUUUCCUCUUUUUUUCCUUUUUUUUUUUUGUCUGUUUAACAUCAAACACUUCAUUCUUUAUUUUCUAGUGAUAUAUGAAGUACUUUCCUGCUGUAUUAUAAUCCCUGCUUUCUCUGACUUGAUCCUAGUAUCAGUGUGAUAUUAGACCAUUUUGAAAAAAAGUAUUUAUAUUUUGAUACAUAUUACAAAUUUUACUGAAGGAGUUUUCCUCAGUUGACUUCUUUUUCUCUUGUAAUAUAUAUAUAUACAUGGCAAUGUUACAUGGAAUCAUUGACUUCCAUUCAAAAAUAUGUGGUAAACGUGAUUUGUUUGUUUUUUAUGUUUGACUGCUUUAAGACUUCAUGUUGUUGGCUUUUAAUGUUUGUUCCUUGUAGGACUGUGGAUGGUAUUCAAAGUUCAGCACCAAACAAAAAAGAAAUGGCAUACUGCAAUAUGAAGCAGAUAUAUUCACAGUAAAAAAAAAAAAAAAAGAGAGAGACAAAGCUACUUUCAGUUUUAAGAAG